GUUUGAUCGAAUCUGAAAAUGACCGAAGAUCGAGUGAAAAGAUAUGAAAAAAUCGACUUUUUGGGAGAGGGGCAGUUUGCCACUGUUUAUAAAGCCAGAGAUACUAAAACAGAUCAAAUAGUUGCUGUUAAAAAAAUUAAGAUAGGGACGAGAGCUGAAGCAGCUGAUGGAAUUAAUAGAACAGCUUUACGAGAAAUCAAAUUAUUACAAGAAAUAGAACAUCCAAAUAUUAUUGGAUUACUAGAUGUGUUUGGUCAGAAGUCUAAUAUCAGUUUAGUUUUUGAUUUUAUGGAAACAGAUCUUGAAAUUAUUAUAAAAGAUAACAAUAUAGUUUUAACUCCACCUCAUAUCAAAUCAUAUAUAUUACAAACAUUGUUAGGAUUAGAGUAUUUACAUUCACAUUGGAUAUUACAUAGGGAUAUGAAACCAAAUAAUUUAUUAAUGAAUGAUCAAGGUGUCUUAAAGAUUGGAGAUUUUGGUUUAGCUAAGUUUUAUGGUUCUCCCAGUCGACCCUAUUCACAUCAAGUUGUCACUCGAUGGUAUAGAUGUCCAGAAUUAUUAUAUGGUGCUAGAUUCUAUAGUACUGGUGUUGAUAUUUGGGCUGUAGGCUGUAUCUUGGCUGAAUUACUUAUCAGGGUACCAUUUUUUCCGGGAGAUUCUGAUUUAGAUCAGUUGAGUAGAAUUUUUCAAGUUACUGGUACCCCAUCUCUCGAAGACUGGCCGGAUAUGAAGGCAUUACCAGACUAUAUCCAGUUUAAAGAAUAUCCCAAACAACAAUAUAAAGAUAUAUUUAUAGCAGCUAGUGAUGAUUUGUUAGAUCUAUUAGAAGCCACUUUAGCAUUAGAUCCUUUAAAACGCUGUACUGCAACAGAGGCUGUACAGAUGCCAUAUUUUAGUAACAAACCAGCUCCUUCUCGUGGAGCUCAAUUACCUCGACCUGGAUCUAAUAAGAUUAUACCUAAAGAACAAGAAUUAAAAAGAGCUGGUAUUAAACGUAAACAAGCUGCUGAUCAAGGUAAUAUAAUAUGUUAUUGA